CUAACUGCUGCAGCUGAGGAAAUAUGUGACGUUUUUUCAACAGCUGUUGUCGAGUACGAGGCAGAGAUCAACCGUCAGCGCGUAAUGCUGGAUAUCUUUUGGAAACCUCACAUUCACUUACACAGAAUAGUGAUUACCGGACCUCCACAAGUUUUCCUCUCACAAACUUUCCAACAACAUGCGGAUCGUUGAAAACUCCGUCUUCCAUUGUCACGCCAACAUUCCAGCAACUUCUGCUAUCACUGGAGACAUCCCACUGCAACAUGUGUGUAAGGAGGAGGAGGAGGAGGAGGUUGGGGCUGAGCAGCAACUCUGUCACCAAGAGAGGAAGUCCAGUCUGGACCAGGAGGAGCCAGAGCCUCCAUGGAUGAAAGAGGAGCAGGAGGGAGAGCAGCUCAAACAGGAUGAGACUGACACAUUGAUGCUGACUCCUACUGACGAUGAAAGUGAGCACAGUGAAGCAGAUGGACAACAUGAACUCCAGCUCCUUUCUCACAACUCUCAUGUUGCUGAGAAUCAAGAUCCCAAAGAGAACAAGCAGAAAGACUCAGAGAUAACUGGAAAAUCAAAGCCAAGACAAAAGAAAAAAGGAAAUCACACGGGUGAGGGGCGUCACUCCUGUAACACCUGUGGAAAAGGAUUCUCUGAGAAAUCAAGUUUGAAUCGGCACAUUCUUUAUCACACAGGUACAAAGCCACACACCUGUAAUACCUGUGGAAGAUCAUUCACAUUAAAGGCUCAUUUGGACAGGCACUUAAAAAUCCAUAUCGUAAAACCACAUACCUGCACAAUGUGCAGCAAAUCUUUCAAACAUGAAAGUAUUUUAACAUUUCACAUGAGAACACACAGAGGAGAGAAGCCUUACUCCUGUAGCACCUGUGGAAAAAGGUUCAGUGCGAAAUCAGAUAUGAACCGGCACAUUCGGACUCACACAGGUGCAAAACCAUACACCUGUGGUACCUGUGGGACAUCAUUCACACAGAAAUAUACUUUAAACGAUCACUUAAAAAUCCAUACAGGAGAAAAACCACAUACCUGCACAAUGUGCAACAAAUCUUUCAGAUGCAAAAGUACUCUGACAAUCCACAUGAGAACACACACAGGUGAGAAGCGUUACUCCUGUAGCACCUGUGGAAAAAGAUUCAGUAUGAAAUCAAAUUUGAAUCGGCACAUUCUUACUCACACAGGUACAAAGCCAUUCACCUGUGAUACCUGUGGGACAUCAUUCACAAAAAAACAUCAUUUGGAAAGGCACUUAAAAACCCAUACAGAUGAAAAACACAUCUGCACAAAAUGCAAUAAAUCUUUCAAACAUGCAGAUUCAUUUACGAUCCACAUGAAAACACACACAGGUGAGAAGCCUUUCUCCUGUAGCACCUGUGGGGAAGGGUUCCAUCAGAGAUCGGAUUUGUAUCAGCACAUUCUAACUCACCCAGGUACAAAGCGGUACACCUGUGAUACCUGUGGAAGACCAUUCACACAGAAACGUUUAUUGACAAUCCACAUGAUAACACACAAAAGUGAGAAGCCUUACUCCUGUAGCACCUGUGGAAAAAGUUUUAGUCUGAAAUCAAAUUUGAAUAAGCACAUUCUUACUCACACAGGUACAAAGCCGUUCACCUGUGAUACCUGUGGGACAUCAUUCACAAAGAAACAUCAUUUGGAUAGGCACUUAAAAACCCAUACAGAUGAAAAACCACACCUCUGCACAAAAUGCAAUAAAUGUUUCAGACAUACACAUUCAUUAACAAUCCACAUGAGAACACACACAGGUGAGAGGCCUUUCUCCUGCGGCACCUGUGGGAAAGGGUUUCGUCAAAAAUCGGAUUUGAAUGAGCACAUUCUAACUCACACAGGUACAAAGCCGUACACCUGUGGUACCUGUGGAAGAUCAUUCGCACAGAAAAGUUCUUUGGCCGAGCACUUAAAAAUCCAUACAGAUAAAAGACCACACAUCUGCACAAAAUGCAAUAAAUCUUUCAGACAUAGAAAUUCAUUAACAAUCCACAUGAGAACACACACAGGUGAGAGGCCUUUCUCCUGCAGCACCUGUGGGAAAGGAUUCCAUCAAAAAUCGCGUUUGAAUCAGCACAUUCUAACUCACACAGGUACGAAGCCAUACACCUGUGGUACCUGUGGACGAUCAUUCACCAGGAAAAAUACUUUGCAUAAGCACCAAAAGGUCCAUGCAGACAAAAAUGCGUAAACUUCCUUAGCAUGUGGCAGGUUUCCCAGAAUUGGUGCUGACUUGAUGGUUGAUGAGAGAAGAACUGACACUGCUGAGGAGCUGUACCUUUGAUAUCUGAGAUCUGCUAGAAAAGAGACUUUGACUCCUCUAAUUCAUCAUAACUAGUGUUAGAUCAUGUUACUGUUAAUGUUACUUUUUAUGUUACCAGAUUAGUGCCAUUAAAAACAUUCCUGCGUUACAUGGUGGGAAAAGUAACACGUGAAGCCCAGUUCAGACCAAAGAUUCAUGACACAACCAGACAGAACAGCUCCAGUCAGACCAGCUGAUGGUGUUGUCAGUUUCAGCUUGUUUGGUUGUAAAUCUUUGGUCUGAUCUGGGAUUUAGUGUACUUUUGCAUUACUGAAGAUUGAACUGUUUUUGACUUGCUACACUGUGUAUCUUCAUGCAGCCUUAUGUACACCUCAUUCUCUGCAGUUUAAAAACGAUAAGCUUUACAGUUCUUCAUUUCAGUAACAUGAUGGAAAACUUGGAUGAGAGGUAUACAGGAUUAAACAGCUGUUGGAAUGAAAACAAUACAAUGAAAGCUUUUACACUUUCUUCAUGUUGAUGUUUUUCUAGUUAUUUUUCCCCUAAAUUUGACAUCUAACAUUUUUUUCACACAGUAAAUGUACUGUCUGAAAUCUCACUAGUGCUCAUGCACAUUGACACAGCUGUAUGUUUACCUUUGGCUGUGUACCAGUGUUAAUUUUGGCAACUUUUUUAACUUUAGACUUGGUUUCAGUCUUUAAAUAAAAUGUUUUUUGGUUUU